UAUCUGCCAUUAACCCCUCGCUGGGCUCUGUCUCCACCUCACAGAUCCUCUCCUUCAUCCUGCACACGGUCGUCCGAGGCUUCAUACACUCGGCAGUGGGCGGACUCUACGCUGCAGUAUACCCCUCGACGCAGUUUGGUAGCCUGACGGGAAUGCAGUCGCUCAUCAGCGCUCUCUUCGCUCUCCUGCAGCAACCACUCUUCCUGGCAAUGAUGGGCCCCCUGCAAGGAGAUCCCCUCUGGGUGAACAUCGGCCUGCUGGGUGUCAGCAUGUUGGGCUUCUGCCUGCCUGGUUACCUCCUCUUCUACCGGCACCAGCUACUCAAGCAGAAGGCACAGCAAGCCGAGGACGCCCAGCUCUUCAUGAAGAUCAAUGGCAGCUCUAAACAUGAAGCCUUCGUGUAGGCAGCCAGCCCCCACCCGGGACAGGACUGUCAGCACCGGCUGCCUCUCACUCCAUUCUGGAUGGUGCUGAAACGUAUAUCACUUGUUAAUCACCUUAUUUAUGGAGGGGGGGGAAUGCUGCUCACCGGUUCCUCCCUCUCAUUUAUGGGCCAAAGUCGCAGUGUUUGGGGUCUCUCUGACCCACUUCGGAAGUGGGGGGGGGUGGAGAGACCCCAAUUCUGUUGGAUCAUCCGCAACCUGGUGCGAGAAACCUCAUCCCCUCCGGCUUGUCUGGGAAUUUCUCCCUCCCUCCCUCCAAGUCUGCACCCAGGGGAGCAGCUGACUGCGGUUUGUGAGGGUCACACCCCCCGGGUGACCCCUGUGGAGGUGACACGAGCCCAGAAUCAGUGUCUGGGGUGGCACCAGCAUGGUCACUCAUACCCCCAGGGUGGUGGCAGGAACAGAUUGGACAAUACCUCCCCCAAAGGGUUAAAGUUUCUACCCUGGGGUAAACCACUGCCCCCUCCCUUCCUCAGGAAUAUGGGGAGAGCAGGGUAAAAGGUACCCCUCCCUCCCCGUCCCACCACUGACUCCAUGGAGGAUGCCCUCCCUUUCACCCCUCUCGAGCACUGAAACCCCCAAACUUGCCUCCUGCCUGGCAGUCCUUCCGCCCAGGAACCCUGGUGACCCCUCCUGGGAGUCGAUUGUCCCAGUGGUGGGGCUGGGCCGAGGGACUCCACAGCUGGAGUAUGGGUGUAGCCUCCCCUUUAACACAAAGAUCUGCCCUUUUUAAUGGGACAACCUUCCCUUUAACCCUUGCAAUGGGAGCCAGAAAAGGUGCAGUGUGCUGAGUCAAAGGGGAGGUUCCCCUCUUAAAGGGGCAAUGUUCUGUGUUUAAGGAGGUAAGUCUUCAAUUAAAGGGGUCUGUGUAAAAGGGGAGGUCGUCCAUCAUUAAAGAGACAGUGUUCUGCAUUAAAGUGGAGUUCCCCCCCCCCCCCAAGGAGAAGGUUCCCCUCUUACGGGUGCAGCAUUCUGCUUUAAAGGGGAGGUUCUUCAUUAAAGGGGCAGUGUUCUGUGUUAAAGGGUAAGUUGCUGUCCCUCACCCACAGAAUGCUAUGUUAAAGGGGGAGUUCCACAUGGCCAAGGGGAGCAGAUAUAUUCCUUGCCGUCUUGGGAUUCGGCGUGACCUAGAGGGGCUGGAUGAUGGGACCACGAAAUGCAGAGAGCACGAACUCCCCAGGCCUCCACCCACUGCAUGGGACUGUUAGCAAUAAAAGCCUCCACAGAGAGCCGUUUUCCCCUCGACCUUACAGAGAGCAGUGGGCAGGGUGAGCCCCCAUUCCCUGUCCAUUCUACAUGCAACCCCACUGCCCAAAGGGAAAUGACCACCAACCACCUGCCUUUGGGGGCAAGGUUCCCCCAUGAUCUCAUUGGACAGCAGGGAGGUCAAGGGGCCGAAUGGCUCAGUAUUGCAAACUAUUCAGAUUUUUUUUGUAACUGAUGUCACUUUAUCCAGGGACGUUGUGAAUGACAUCACUGACAGGAGAUUGAUUUCUCCUGAUCUCAAUCAUUUGCCUGUUCUAUAAAUGUGUAUGUAUGGAUUAUCCAAUGAACUGUAUAUUUCACAAGUUAGCUUUUAUCAGGUUAUACAUCUGUAUUAAUAAAUUUUAAACACACACAA